AUGGAAGUGAGCAACGUCAAUUUCUUGGCAAAGUACAAUGACGAGGAAUUCACGCUCGAGGCUUCUAUCAAUGGAACAAGCUUCGAGAUUGACAAUACCAUUAGCAGUAACGGUGACGGCACUCUACUGGCCAAUUUCCACGUUGUCACUACUUCACCAAAAUCACGCUUCGAGUCAAUUGCCGACCGCUUCAUUCCCACGCUGGAGAACGACAAUGGAAACGCUGCACCUACUCCAGUUGCAACGACCGUCACAACUAACCAUGGCGGAGACAUCGGCAGCUACGCUGAAGAGACUUCUUCCGCCAAACGCAAAAGCAACAAUUACAGUCUCAUCUACGCUGCUACUCCUCCAUCGGCCUUCGUUCCAAACAAAAACUCACAGUGA